GCGGCAUAGUGUCGGUGCCAGCAUCACCGACCGGACUUCGAGACUGAGCUUCGAGAACCUUACAAGCUCCACGGCGAUUUCAAUAUUUUUCAAGCCAGGCACGGCCACGCGACGACUCGAUCACGAUCCGACGCCAAUAGUACAGAUGGAAUGAAGGCAUCAAGAUCGAUCUGCCUACUAUGUCGCCACAGACUUGCGACCAAGGCAACACCCAAAGCGCCGCAAUGGCCAUCUCAUGCGCCAUACUCGACAGGAGGCUCCUCGGCACCAGCCGGUAGUCCCGCUGGCGAAGUGCAUGCCAGAGAAGACAGCAACUCGAAACCGGCCAAAUUCAGCUUUCGGCGUGUACUCUCCAAAGAUUUGCCCAUCAAAGACCCCCUCGUCCCGAACUCGCGCCCGAGCAAACGGCGCAAUGCCGGCAAGAAGACAACGGCCGACAUGGAUCAGCUGUUCCAGGACAUCGUCAACAAGAAACCCGACAACAUCACAGCCGAAAAUGGCCCUAGCGUGGUCAGCAUAGAUAUGCAGCUGGUGAACGACAUUGGGAAGCUGCAGCUGAUGCUAGACAAUAAUAUCCGCGUCUCUAGGGCGUACGUAUUUUUGAGGACCGAACUAUAUCCCAGUAUUCGUCGAGAAGGCGUCCAUAUCCCUCAAAUCUUUUUCAGGGUCGUCUCGAGUCUUAUGCAAAAAAUCAUCAGUAUCAAGAAAGAUGCAAUGGAAGACCCAGAAUUGCCCCCUGUGGCCGAGAUAUUCCGUGUCUGCGCGGACAUUGGUGAGAUGCGGCCGGGGCAAUGGACCGUCCUUGUUGGAAAACUGGUCGAAAAUCUUUGUGACAUGAGCAUAUCCCCAGACGAUUAUCCCUCCAUUGAAGCUUACGAGAAGCACCUCGCCACCAGGGAAGAGAUGAUCACUGACCUGGUGGAAUCAUGGAAGGUCCUGUCUUUACCCAAACAUAUGAUCGUCAAGCCCAGUGGCCAUGAAAACGAGAUAAUGGACGGGUUUUGGCUUCCACGGCUUGAUAAGCUUCAGGUCAAGAAAUAUGCACCAAAUGAAAAUCUCACCUUGGCUUUCAGCCGCUUGUUUCCGCAGUACCCGCCAGAUUAUCUCGGACCCAAAGUCAGUGCCCUCGCGCUCGCAACUUUUGCCCUGCUCAUGGACACGGCUCGAAGCAGCGCGGCGGCGAGGCGAAGCGCUUCUCGAUUCUUGGCUAAGGUUGCCUACCUCAUUGUUCACGUUCGCAUCCGGCAGGCGACCCUCCGAGACAACCUUCGAAAAACACUGCCCUUAACGGAAGACUAUGUCAUGCGUCAGUGGCCCAAGAUCCAAGAAUAUCUAACGCGGAACGGUGAUCCUUCGGAUGAACCAACCACCAAUGGGCAGAAUGCUGCAUAUCCCACGGCUCGAAGGUCGUUUUUCGCGGAUUCUACAUUCAUGUAUGAUCGCCUCAGUCGGGCCUAUGGCACUCGCGAUGGAGAGGAGGUGGAUCGCCUCUGGCAGCUGUUGAUCGGGGCGUCAAAGGAGCCGAUGCAAACACGAGCUGCCACGUUUCGACAUCAUCCUGACCUCUUCAACUCAUUUAUCAACAUCUACAUGGCUAUGAACCAGCCGGACAAGGCUAUCAUGGUCUGGAACAGCUUGCCCAAGGUCGGUCUCAAACCGACGCUGAAGACGUGGAACGUCAUGCUGGAUGGUUGCAAGAGGGCCAGGAAUGCGUCGGGUUUGAAGAAUGUGUGGGCUAAACUCGUAUCUUCGGGCAUAACGCUUGAUGAAUCAAUAUGGACAACGCGCAUCUCCGGCUUGAUGGAGUCAGGGGAGCCCGAGGCUGCAAUCAAGGCUCUGGAAGAGAUGGUGCAUCUUUGGAAUGAUGGGAACCCACAGGAAACGAAAGUCGCCAUUGCGGUUCGUCCUGGCAUAAGCCCUGUCAACGCGGCUCUGGCCGGCUUGAUUCGGCUCGAGCGACUCGACAAAGCACAGAAGCUGCUUGCUUGGGCCGGCAGACAAAACAUCCUGCCCGAUAUACUCACUUUCAACACUCUUCUUCGGCCCCUGAUCCGCGACAACCGUGAUGAAGAGGUCAAGUCCCUGUUUAGCACCAUGCAAGACUUGGGCAUUCACGCCGAUGAAGCAACAUUCACCAUCGUGCUCGACGGCGCCCUGGCCAGGAUCGACCCUAACCAGCCUGAACAGCAGGUCAAGGUAGUGUCCGCCGUCUUCGAGGAAAUGCACGCAGCGGGGCUCGAAGCAAACCUCCAGACCUAUGGUAAGAUGAUCUACCUGCUCCUCCGCUCGGGCGAUCGCGCCACAGAAUCCGUCAAGACCGUCCUAGAGCACCUAUGGGCCCACGGACACGAACUAUCCCCGCACAUAUACACGAUGCUAGUCGAGCACUACUUCUCGCGCCACCCGCCGGACCUGCACGCCGUCGACUCGCUACUCCAGCGCCGCCGGCUGCUCGACUACGACGACAUGGACCGCGUGUUCUACGACCGCAUCAUCAAGGGGUAUGCGCUUGUCGGUGACAUGGACACGUCACUCGAUAUAUACCGCAAACUGACGGCGGCGGGGUUCCUGGUUGAUGUCGCGACGCAAUUUGAAUUGCUUAAGGUGCUGCUCCGGGCGCAACGCGCACAGGAUGCGAGGGAGUUGGUCGAGUGUACAGUGAGGAAGUAUCGUGAGCAGCAUGGGGCAGGGUUUCGGGGGUCGUCGCAUGCGAGGUUCUGGGGGCAUCGGUUUUGGGAUGUUGCGGGGCGGAAUGGGUUGUUGUUGGGGGUUGAUCUUGCUGCUGAGAGGGCUGAGUGAAGUGGUGUUUGAGGGUUUGGGGAGAUGGGUAGAAUGAUGAUAUAUGUGUACAGUAUGUACUAUAGACAUGUCGAAUUUAUGAAGCAUGCGUAUUGGCA